AUGGAGUCAGACGAAAACAUAUCCAUUGACAGACUCGAGGACCAACUUAUAGACAACCCAGAUCCCUCCACGACAAAACAGCUCAGUGAACUCUCCUACGAUGAAACGUUCCAAAAGAAACUCAAUGAACGCGCCGAGCAGCUCUUCACUUCAUUUGAUGGUGUAUCUCAUGAAGGAGAAGGGAACCAGCUCGGGUCAAGCUUCUACCUGUUCUUGGUGAAGAAGCCAUACUUGGAGUACGAGUAUACUGAUUACGACGAAUUGGAUCGUGAGCUAGCUGAGUGGUUUGUAUCUGCUGAUUACCAGUUGAUCGAGCUCUCAUCGUUACCCGAAAGGGCCAAGUCAUUGUCAAUUGAAGACUUGAGGUUCCUUGACCUCUUAAGCGCCUCUGAUUUGAAUUCCCUUCUAUACUACAUUUUGGGCAAUUACGGCCCUGGUGUAUCGAAGAACGACCAGCUUUCACAAAUUGAAGAGCACUGCAAAGUUUUUGCGAGAACGGGAGGUCUAGAUCAGGUAAUCUCACUCCUACUAGAUGAUCUCGAGAAUUCCAUAAAAAACAACGGAACUUUUGAUGGUCGCCUUUUCAAGCUUCUUACAGUAACGUACUUUGUAUUGAACGUCGAAUUGAUAACGGGGAUCACUGAUCAAGUGUUGCAAAGUCUUUCUGAUCAGGAUAUCCUACCAAGAUUAGUCAAAUUCAUUGAGGUGUGGAGGGUAAACCCUGCCCCAUCAUCUCGAAUAAGAAAUGUCAUUCUCCUCCUCUGGAAACUACUACUUAUUGAGUUGGGUGACUCAGAGCAACUCAACAAGGUCAACGAAUAUCUCAACAGAAAGCAUGGAAUCAUGAAAAAAGAGAGAGAUGAUACAUCCAAUAAUCGAUUGACUUGUUCUCCUCUCGAAUAUCACACGUUCAGAGAGGAUUUACGAGAUAAGUAUCCCGUUCUUGCGAAGUAUCAACAUCAGGAUGAAAAGUCGCAUUCGAAGGAGGAUAUAAGUGAAAGCUCACAUCAAGCUUUCAUGGCUGCAAAUGCCACGAGCUCUUUGUCCAACUUGCUCGAGAUGCCUCGAACUAAUAAAGCACACUCCAUUUAUGGUCAACUCCCAGUAAACACUCUCCACAUUGCGACCCCUGUGCCUUCUCCUCCAAGGACGCCUUCAGAUUUCAUGUCGGGUGGAGAGAAGAUUCGGAAACUGUACGAUGUGAAUCAGAGUAUGCCAUUCAUCUACCCGACCGGCGCUGAGGAGCUGUUACCCGAGGCGAUCAAGGAGGCCGAUGAAUUAUCCAGGAAUGCCCUCUAUGAGAGCUAUUCCAUUAAGCGUCUUUGGCGAGAACGACAAAGGUACAUGUCACAGGAAAGAGGAAACCAAGACCACUACGAUGAUAGCGAUACAGAGACUUACCAAUCCAGUGAUAAUGAUGAGUCUGAUGUUGACUCUUCAUGUAAACGAUCCCUCAAAAGAGUCGAGGAGGUCUACGAAGAAACACUUCCUUACCUUCUGUCAUUGGCCAAAGUCUUGAUCGAGAUCACGAAAUCAUACAAACAUGAGUUAAGCUUACGCGAUGUGGAGCAAGAGAUAAAUCCAGCAACUGCGCUUGCUCACAAGUUUGGCUAUAAUGAUGGGUCGUAUGAGGCAGUGAGACGAUAUUUGUUCAGGCAACUUGAGAGCAUUCACACAAAAGAAAUCUGCUUGAAAGCGUCGUCUUCCAUCAUGAUCCUCCUACUCAAAUGGUUCAAAGCAAGCCAUGUAGUCAAAAGCUAUUACUUCAAUUCUAUUUUGCAUGACGAACAGUUUUUCGAUGUCUUCACGAGCUUUAUGGCGAACUCUUUGACUAACGAUGAUUUGCAUGGUACAGACGAAGAUAACAAAAAUUUUGUUCCUGAUGAAGUCAUGAUGUCCCAAAAUAAGCUUAUGAAUCCAGAAAUCGAUAUUCCUCAGUUUAAUUUUUUCAAUGUCUGCAGCGGAGAAUGGGACAGAUCUCAGAUUAUCGAGCUCACUAACAAAACAGCGAUUUCGAAAUUCCCCUCCAAAGUCGGAGAAGGAAACAAGCAUAUCGUCAAGGUGACCAAAUUUAAUAGAAACUACUGUCGCAUCUUGACGAACCAUUUGCAGCUAAUCAACAAGAUCCUAAUCAAAGGCGUAUCACAGAGGACAUUCGGAUUUAUCGAAACGAAACCAACAGAUUUGUUGAAAUUUAUUCUCCUAAAUUACGAAUGUCACAGCUUUAAAAUACCAAUUCUCAAGAUCUUCAAGAAAAUUAUUCCAUUUCAGGGUCGCAAGUGGAGGGCGAUGAACAUGGAUGUGAUAUCACAAGUAUUUCUCAACUUAAGGCUCUCAAUCAGAGAUAACUGGCUCAGUGGAAGAGAUCUAGAGAGCGACUUCAACAAUUCAUUUGAUCAGGAAAUCGCUCUUCGGUCGCUCAUUCAGUUCUACAAUGUGCGCAGGUACCCAAAGCAAAUGGAAAAGCUUGGUUAUACCGUGUCAAAGGAGAACUCUGCAACGGAAUAUCUUGAGGAAUAA